GGAAUGGCACUCUGGGCAAAGGCAGAGGUGUGCAUGGCAGUGCCUUGGCUGUCCCUGCAAGGGGCACGGGCACUGGGCACCAGAGCCGCUCAGGCCCCCAGGACGGUGCUGCCCUUUGAAGCCAUGCCCCAGCGUCCAGGCAACAGGUGGCUAAGGCUGCUGCAGAUCUGGAGGGAGCAGGGUUAUGAGCAUCUGCACCUGGAGCUGCACCAGACCUUCCAGGAGCUAGGGCCCAUUUUCAGGUCCGAGUUGGGAGGACCACGCACGGUGUGGGUGAUGCUGCCGGAAGAUGUGGAGAGGCUGCAGCAGGUGGACAGCCUGCACCCCCGCCGGAUGAGCCUGGAGCCCUGGGUGGCCUACAGACAACAUCGUGGGCACAAAUGUGGCGUGUUCUUGCUGAACGGGCCUGAAUGGCGCUUCAACCGAUUGCGGCUGAACCCCGAUGUGCUGUCACCCAAGGCUCUGCAGAGGUUCCUCCCGAUGGUGGAUUCGGUGGCCAGGGACUUCUCCCAGGCCCUCAGGAACAAGGUGCUGCAGAACACCCGGGGCAGCCUGACCCUGGACAUCCAAUCCAGCAUCUUCCACUACACCAUAGAAGCCAGCAAUUUAGCCCUUUUUGGAGAGCGGCUGGGCCUGGUUGGCCACAGCCCCAGCUCUGCCAGCCUGAGCUUCCUCCAUGCCCUGGAGGUCAUGCUCAAAUCCACCGUCCAGCUCAUGUUCAUGCCCAGGAGCCUGUCUCGCUGGACCAGCCCCAAGGUGUGGAAGGAGCACUUUGAAGCCUGGGACUGCAUCUUCCAGUAUGGAGACAACUGUAUCCAGAAAAUCUAUCAGGAACUGGCCUUCAGCCGCCCUCAACACUACACGGGCAUCGUGGCAGAGCUCCUGUUGAAUGCGGAACUGUCACUAGAUGCCAUCAAGGCCAACUCGAUGGAACUCACUGCAGGGAGCGUGGACACGACGGUGUUUCCCUUGCUGAUGACGCUCUUUGAGCUGGCUCGGAACCCCAACGUGCAACAGGCUCUGCGCCAGGAGAGCCUGGCCGCCGCAGCCAGCAUCAGUGAACAUCCCCAGAAGGCAAUCACCGAGCUGCCCCUGCUGCGGGCGGCUAUCAAGGAGAGCUUGAGGCUCUACCCUGUGGGCCCCUUUGUGGAGCGAGUGGUGAGCUCAGACUUGGUGCUGCAGAACUACCACAUCCCCGCUGGGACACUGGUGCAGGUUUUCCUCUACUCGCUGGGUCGCAAUGCCGCCUUGUUCCCAAGCCCUGAGCGCUACAACCCCCAGCGCUGGCUAGACAUGAAGGGCUCUGGCAGGAACUUCCACCACGUGCCCUUUGGCUUUGGUAUGCGCCAGUGCCUGGGAAGGCGCCUGGCAGAGACAGAGAUGCUGCUGCUGCUGCACCACGUGCUGAAACACUUCCAGGUGGAGACGCUAACCCAAGAGGACAUAACGAUGGCCUACAGCUUCAUACUGAGGCCCAGCACGUAUCCCCUCCUCACCUUCAGGGCUCUGCACCCAGGGUCCCAGCCUGGCCACCAGCCUCCCUCUCCCUGACCCCAGGCCACCCCGCUUCUCUCCCACACAAUGUCCGGAGCCACCCCUCUGUCAGCCAGCCCUAGCACAAUUGGAACACCCGAGGGCCUCGAGGACCAGGCUUGCCAGGCUUGCCAAACAGCAAGGCCAGGGCACAGCUGGAUCAAUCUCACUGGCAGGACCCAGCCUUGUCCCCAGCGCCUCCGGCUCCUUCUCCAGCAAGCAGUUUGCCCCAUCCCUCUCAGCGCUGGCUCCAGGCCAUGCAAGCGUGCUGUGAUUUUAUCCCUUGCCUUCCUGCCUAGUCGCACAUGUCCCUGUCCCUUGUCCUGUUAGGGGAAGCAGCAAAGGAGAAAGGACCUUCAGAGUGCCUAUAUAAGUUGGUUAUAAGUAACAUAUAAACAAGGAACAACAAACUGCGGAAGGAAGGCCGCUCCAUACCUAAUGCUUUAACACUGUUUACUUACAGGUCAGGUAAACAAAAAAAGCUGCAGUCUGGUAGAAACCACAUAAUUCAAUCACCCAAUCUAAGUUUACUAGCAGUCAAAGAGCUGAAAUUAAAACUGUGAUAUUAGCAUUAAAAAGCUUUUUUUUUUUUUUUCAGCC